AUGAGAACCAUUCUCAUCCUGCUUCUCGUAGCUGCGGCUGCUGUUGAUGUUGGCAUCACCAAAGGCUCAAGAUAUAUUUUCCAUCAAUAUCCCUUGUUCCUGAAAUUUUUGAGAGGUGUUAGCAAGGAAGGUCGAAUUCAAUAUAAUGCAAUUAUUCGUGGCGAGAAUCUUACGUACGCUCAAGAACAGGAGAAAAUCGCAGCGUGGGCGAAAAAGUACAAUCGUACGGAGCAAGUGAAGAAGUUCAAGGCUGAAGAAGACAAAAAAAUGGAAGCGCUCAAGCAAAAGAUCACAGCAGUGUUCAAAUCUAUACCGUCCACUUUUCAAGAGUACGUGAAAAACAUAGAAAGCGAAAAGAAAACCCUGGCGGAGAUCAGGAAGGAAGCAGGAAAGAUCAGACAGAAGAAUCCAGUGGCGUACUACGCCAUGAUCAAGGCACUGAGAAUGUAUCCGACAUGGCCACGCAAUUAUCGUUAUUAUCUUCGCCGUCAUUAUCACAGAGACUACUAUAGGCGUUAUUAUGGCAGGAGGGCCCACAGACAUCUUCGUAGAUCGUGGAUCAGACGCUCCUUGGUCAAGAAGAAUCGUAUGACAGUUCGCAGUGGAAAGCUGAAGAAGAAAGGAACCACUGUCAAAGGUUCGAAACAAUGA